AUGUUUCAAUUAUUGUUAAAUUACAUUCAUGAGUAUUGUGAUGCUCCUCGACCUUGGGGCUUGUAUUUCCAAGAUAGUGCUUCACCACAAAUGGAAGGGCUAGUUGAAUUACAUGACAACAUAAUGUUUUAUCUAAUUAUAAUUUUAUUUGGUGUAGGUUGGGUUCUUGUUUCUGUAAUUACAAAUUACAACAGUGUAAAAUCUCCAAUAUCACAUAAAUACUUAACGCACGGUACUUUAAUCGAAUUAUUUGCUGACAUUAAUAAUAUAAUUAUUCCCCUUUUUAAUAAAUAUCCUUUAAUUGGUGUAAAAAAGUUAAAUUUUCAGGACUUCUGUAUAAUAGCAGAAUUAAUGAAAAAUAAAGCCCAUUUAACUACGAAAGGUUAUCAAUAUUCUGAUUUUUUAAAUGAUGAUAAUGAAAACAUUGAAUUUGAUUCUUACAUGAUUCCUGAAGAAGAUUUAGAAGAUGGUGGUUUAAGAAUGUUAGAAGUAGAUAAUAGAGUUAUACUGCCAGAACUUACUCAUGUUAGAUUUAUCAUCACUAGUGCCGACGUAAUUCAUUCCUUUGCAUCACCCGCUUUAGCUAUUAAAUGUGACGCCUAUCCGGGUUUUAAUUAUUAG